AUGAUCUCCUUUUUGUCAGCUCUUCCUCAUGUUAUUGUUAUGUCAGCAGAAUUUAUCACAGGGAUUACAGUAAAUGGAUUUCUUAUCAUCAUGAACUGUAAAGAAUUGAUCAAAAGCAGAAAGCCAACACCAGUGCAACUCCUUUUCAUAUGUAUAGGGAUGUCGAGAUUUGGUCUGCUCAUGGUGUUAAUGAUACAAAGUUUUUUCUCUGUGUUAUUUCCACUCUUUUAUAAGGUAAACAUUUUUGGUACAGCAAUGUUGUUCUUUUGGAUGUUUUUUAGCUCUGUCAGUUUCUGGUUUGCCACCUGCCUUUCUGUAUUUUACUGCCUCAAGAUAGCAGGCUUCACUCAAUCCUGUUUUCUUUGGCUGAAAUUCAGGAUCUCGAAGUUAAUGCCUUGGCUACUUCUGGGAAGUUUGCUGGCCUCCAUGAGCAUUGCAGCUCUGUGUAUUGAAGCAGAUUACCCUAAAAAGGUGGAUGAUGAUGCCCUCAAGAAUGCCACAUUGAAGAGGACUGAACCCAAGAUAAGGCAAAUUAGUGAAAUGCUGCUUGUCAACUUGGCAUUACUAUUUCCUCUAGCCAUAUUUGUGAUGUGCACUUUUAUGUUAUUCAUUUCUCUCUAUAAGCACACUCAUCGGAUGCAAAAUGGAUCUCAUGGUGUUAGAAAUGCCAGCACAAAAGCCCAUAUAAAUGCAUUAAAAACAGUGAUAACAUUCUUUUGCUUCUUUAUUUCUUAUUUUGCUGCCUUCAUGGCAAAUAUGACAUUCAGUAUUCCUUAUGGAAGUCAUUGCUUCUUUGUAGUAAAGGACAUAAUGGCAGCAUUUCCCUCUGGUCAUUCAAUUAUAAUCCUCCUGAGUAAUUCUAAAUACCAACAACCUUUCAGGAGACUUCUCUGCUUCAAAAAGAAUCAAUGA